AUGUCGCAAUCCUCUGCUGUAUGUAAAUACGCACCGUCGCUGUGCCUGGCCCGCAGGGAGGCGUACUAUUGGCUGCGCCACAACACCAAGCCGGACGCCAAGAUCAUGAGCUGGUGGGACUACGGCUACCAGAUCACCCAGAUGGCCAACCGCACGAUCAUCCAACGAGACGACGCAUACGAGAUCAUGCGGAAGCUGGACGUCGACUACGUGUUAGUCAUCUUCGGGGGCGUCAGCGGGUACAGCAGUGACGACAUCAACAAGUUCCUGUGGAUGGUGCGCAUCGGCGGGGGCGUUUACCCAGACCACAUAAAGGAGAAAGACUACCUAACAGAGAAGGGCGAGUACAUCGUGGGUCCUGGUGCCCCGAAGGGCCUCACAGACUCUCUCAUGUACCGCCUGUCAUACUACGACUUUGGAAGGGUGUCAACCGAAAGCGGCCGACCGACCGCGUACGACCGCGUGCGCAACACCGAGGUGGCCGUGAAGGACUUUGAGCUGAAACACCUGGAUGAGGCUUUCACCAGCGAGCACUGGAUAGGUGGGGGGGGGUCGAUGGGCCUGUCAGGGUGCCUGUGA